UUAAGUUUCAGUUCGGACUGGAUUCAUAUACUUCCACCAUUACCUACAUUACGAGCAAGCGUACAAGACGUGUCGAGUGAAUAAUCUUCGACUUUUAAGAGUCAACAAUGAAGCAAAACGACAAGAAGUCAUGCGGUUUACAGAGGGCGUGAAAGAUUUUGAGGUUACCUCCAACAAAUUCUACAUUGGCCUCAGAUACAACGUGUCGACGGCCACCCACCUCUGGCCUGACGGUACAGCUAAUAGUUUGACAACGAAUUGGUUACCGGGGCAACCUGCCACUGACCAAUGCGUUGUCCAGUACAGUGGACAGUCUCCAAAACACGGACAGUGGGAAUCUAUGGACUGUACACGAGGCUCUCCUUUCAUCUGUGAGAGUGGACAUUCUGCGGAUCCUGAUCUUGGGACAGGCGGAUUACAUGAAGUCUCAUUUCGAAGUUAUCUGAAAACAGAUUCAGCAAUGCUCAACACAUACGAUGCAGCUCAAGCAGCUCAAGUGUCUUAUUUCCGACAUGAAAUCAGCGACUUUGUUAUCCACAAAGGGUUUAAAGAAGAGCCAGUGGAGGUCUGUGCAUUGCGAUGCAUGUCCGACAGCCUUUGUCUUGGGAUGACGUACACCCACAACACAAGUCCACAUUCAAGCUUCGAUUUUUGUGUUUUAUUAAAAAACUGAGUCUUAGAAAGUAACACGAUGAUGUCCCCGAGUUUGUCAAAAAGAACCUGGAAAGUCCUACGGAAACUGAUGAAAGGCUUCAGCGACAACAAUUUCGAGGAUACUAAAAUGCGAAGGUUAUCAACACCAGUUCUGGUUCCAAAUUGCGCGACCGCCAAAUAUAACUUUACUAGACCGGACCAAGUGUACAGCCCAUGC